ACACAUUUGUUUCCUCUGUACUGGAAGCAGGCAAGCAGCAGCUGAGCAGCAGGUGGUGAAGCAUCUCUAUCCGCCGGUGCCGCCAUGAUUUGCCGGUCUCAUUUUCAACUUUAUUCUCAAACUCGCUUUCGCUUCCUCUCCAUUUCUUCCGCAUUUGUUCAUAAUUUUAAUCCCAUCCCCAGUUUUUCCACUAAAUCACGCUUUCGCCAACCCACCACCCUCAUCGUUCGAAACUGCUCCUCCAUCCCCAAUUCGGGCUCCAUAACAGCCAAACCGUCGUCCGAGCUUCGGAAUAAGCGCAAAAACUCUGAGCUCGAUGACAAGCUCAGACGCCUCCGCGAACUCUUCUCAAGGCCCAAUAUCAAUAUCGAUGCUUACAUAAUCCCUUCACAAGACGCCCAUCAGAGUGAAUUUAUUGCUGAUUGUUAUGCGAGGAGAGAAUAUAUAUCAGGAUUUACUGGUAGCGCCGGCACUGCUGUUAUAACAAAAGAUAAAGCUGCUCUUUGGACAGAUGGACGGUACUUUCUUCAGGCAGAAGAGCAGUUGAACUCCAGUUGGAUUCUCAUGCGAGCAGGUAAUUUGGGAGUGCCUACAUCAAGUGAGUGGCUUAAUGGUGUCUUAACUCCGGGUUCCAGAAUUGGCAUUGAUCCUUUGCUUAAUGUCCAGAAAAUGUUUUACUUGAAUGUUAUUUCUCAAUUAUUCUUGUGUUUUGCUGCAGGUUCAGGUGCAAAUGGUGCAAUCAUACAUUACAGACCAGAUCCAAAUAGAUGUAGCACUGUCGAUACUGAGAAACUUUUCUUACUAGACAGUGGAGCUCAAUAUAUUGAUGGAACAACUGACAUUACCCGGACAGUUCAUUUUGGCAAACCCUCUUCACGGCAAAAAGAAUGUUUCACUCGGGUUCUACAGGGACAUAUAGCUCUUGAUCAGGCCAUAUUUCCUGAAAAUACCCCUGGUUUUGUAUUGGAUGCGUUUGCACGAUCUGCAUUGUGGAAGAUUGGCCUUGAUUACCGUCAUGGCACUGGUCAUGGUGUAGGAGCUGCACUAAAUGUUCAUGAAGGCCCCCAAAGUAUCAGCUUCCGAUUUGGGAAUAUGACGCCCUUGCUGAAAGGCAUGGUUGUUAGCAAUGAACCUGGAUAUUAUGAAGAUCAUUCCUUUGGAAUCAGGAUUGAGAAUCUUCUUUUCGUGAAGGAAGUUGACACACCAAAUCGCUUCGGAGGAAUAGGAUAUAUGGGGUUUGAAAAGCUCACAUUUGUUCCCAUUCAGACCAAAAUGGUUGACUUAUCCUUACUAUCUACUGCUGAGGUUGAUUGGCUCAAUGAUUACCAUCGCCAAACUUGGGAAAAGGUUUCACCGUUGGUGUCUGGUUCUGCACGUCAGUGGCUGUGGAACAAUACGAGGCCAGUGGGCAAGCCUUUGUACGGACUGGGUGCUUAAGGUUAUAGAAGGGUAUGUAACUUGUACACAGAAAUAACUAUGUAAGUUUCAAUACUGUGUCAUGUGAUUUGCUGGAAUGUUAAGGCUUCUUGCUCGUGCGAGUAAAUGAUUAAGUCAUGGCUAUUGGCAAGUCUACCUUUAUGCUCGUCGAAAACGCAGAAAAAAAGAAAUGGCAAAACUGUUUAGUUAAUUUACUUAAAUCUAUUUUGCUGCAAAAUCCUUUUUAUACCAAUUAUCAGUGCUCAACCCAAAAGACUUAAUUUUGACUGGUGAUCUGACUAAUUUAUUUGUAUACUUCCCGGCUCAUUUCUCGAUUGAGUA